AUGGCUUCUAAUUCAAACUGUGGUGCUCUUACAACACGCAGCAUGACUAACAUAUGGCUGAUUGGACAGUUACAAAGUGCCAGCAAAAAAACACGAACUGUGCAGGAUAUGUUGUCGUCGCCAGAUGUUGCUUCAGCACUGGAUAGAAUAAACCUGUCAGAUAGAAAGUUCACAGUAUUAGCAGCAGCCAUUGCACAAGCUAGUGGGCAAGACAUCAGGGAUACAUCUCUGUCACGUUCCACAGUUCAUCGUAAACGACAGCAACAUCGAUCAACCAUUGACAGCAGUAUUCGUCAACAAUUUCAGGAUCGUGACAGAAACCCCCUUCUGGUUCACUGGGAUGGGAAAAUCAUGAAUGAUGAUCCACACUCCAGAACUGAUAGACUGGCUGUUGUUGUGACUGGCUGUAAAGUGGAGAAAAUCUUAGGAAUUGUUAAAAUUGCAUCAAGCACGGGACAAGCACAGGCCAAUGCAACUUUUCAGUUGCUCAAAUUAUGGGACGUUAGUGAAGACAUUAUAGGCAUGUGCUUUGAUACUACUGCUGCCAAUACUGGGACGUCAAGUGGAGCAUGUGUUUUGCUGGAGAAACUGCUCCAUAGAAAUCUCUUGCACUUUGCUUGUCGUCAUCAUGUACAUGAAUUGAUAAUCGGUGAAGUUUUUACAGUUCUGUUUGGUCCAAGCCGUGGCCCCAACAUUGGAAUGUUUGAAAGAUUUCGAGCCAACUGGCCAAAUAUAAAUCAGUCAAACCACAAACCACUUGAUGAUGACAGGAUAAACCACUCAUUGCUACAGAUGAUGCGGUCUGACAUAGUACCAUCUUUGACAUGUUUUCUUUCAGCUGACAGCUCAUACAUCCCACGAGAGGAUUACAAGAAGUUGGUUGAACUCUGUCUCUUAGUGCUGGGUUAUCCAAUGCAGACUGAUGGCAAGUACCAUUUCCGUGUUCCUGGAGCAUAUCACAUGGCCAGAUGGAUGGCCAAAGUGAUCUACUGUCUCAAAAUGUAUUUGUUCCGCAAUGAAUUCAAGCUAACAGCAACUGAAACAAAAAGUUUAACUGAAUUCUGCCUAUUUGCAACCCAUAUAUAUGUGCCAGCAUGGAUGUUGUGCCCAAUACCCAGUGAUGCACUAGUCAAUGACCUGCAACUUGCGAGCAGAAUUGAACAAUACUCUGAAAUCAACAAGAAUGUAGCAAGUGCUGCCACAAAAAAGUUGAAGAAUCAUCUGUGGUAUCUCGGUACAGAAAUGGUUUGGCUGUCAUUGUUCUCAAAUAAGGUUGCAAAUGCUGAGAAGCAGUUGAUUGUGGAAGCAAUGAAUGCAGUAGAUUCUGACUGGAGUGUGCGAGGUGUCAAAUAUCCUGCAACUGAACUGGAACAGGUGAAAAGCAAACCACUGCAUGAUCUGGUAUCAGGUACAUCUCGUGCUGCAUUGUUAUCACUUGGAAUGGAUGUUGCUAUCUUGCGUGAAACUGAACCAGACUCAUGGAAUGAUCUUCCUUUAUUUCAAAAAGUAGCAAAUGUUGUGAAGUCACUUAAGGUCGUUAAUGACACUGCAGAACGCACUGUGGCACUCAUGACAAAUUUUAACCAGUCUAUAACCAAAAAUGAAACAGAACUGCAAAAACUGAUACAGGUGGUGGAGGACAAUCGAACACGUAUUCCGGACUCCUCUAAGCGCACAUUAGCCAGUGCUCAAGCAGCUGCUGCUAUGUUUUGA